CCGGAGCCUCGUACAGCGGCGCAUUGUUUACCGGAGGCUGACACAGCGGGACCGGCCUCGGUGAACCGACUGAGCGGGAGCAGCACCGACGGAACCGACGGCUGGACUCUGGUAAUCUGACCCGAAGAACCGAAGAACCGACCCCGGAGGCGGAUCUAUGUGAUUUCUGGCAGAAAAGUAAACCGCUUUAAAAUGGCAACCGCCGCCGCCCGCUGCCGGUGACCGGACCCGGACCCGACUCGCAGCUGUCCCAGCAGCUCCAUGUGUCCUCUCUGGUCCUUGUAGCAGCAUCAUGUCGGCUCAGACCCAGAAGGAGGGCGGCGAGGCGGGCUGGGGGGUCCUGGAGUCUUUGGGUCUCAGUCAGAAGGAGCUGGUCCUGGCCGAGGCCCUGCAGAUGGAGUACGACGCCCUGUCCCGGCUCAAACAGGACAAGACGGAGCCGGGACCCCAGCCCGGCUCCAGAGCUCCCAGCCAGACCCGCUCAAAGACCCCCAACCCCCCCACGGAGCGGCCCCGCCCUGCCCCCCCAGGAGGAGGCCUGCUGAGGGGCCUCUCAGGGUCCGACCCAUCCCUUAACCAGCCCGGGGGGUCCCGGUCCGCUCCACCACCCCCAGCUCGGGCGCCCCCCCCUCAGGGAGUCACAGAGUCCCUGUACAUCCUGGACGGUCCUGAGGUCGGCAAGUCCCGGGACAGCCCUGGGUCCAGCCUCGGGGACUCAGUAGGACCUGGGUCGGGGUUUCCCUCCAAAGGCUUCCCGUUUCUUGCGGACGACGUCCCCCCGGCCGUCCCCCCGAGGAACCCAAUCCCCCCGCCGGGGUCGGAGAACCCCUUCCUGCCCCCCCGAGGGCCACCGGCGCUGCGCGACGUGAACCUGUUCACGCCGGACGUGGACCCGCCCAAGCUGACCUCAGACCUGAACUAUGACAGCAUCAACAACUCGCUGUCCCGCCUCAACGGGAGCCGCCAGGCGCCGCGAGGCCGCCGCGCCAACGGGGACCAUUCAGGGAAGCCUGUGGCUCGGAGCAAGACCCUCCCCCCUCAGGUCCCACCCAGGACCUACGUCCCCGCCCCCAAGACCAACAAGAACCAGCGGCGGGUCUCUGCAGACCCGGUGUCUCUGGGCUCCAGGAUGAACGGUUUUGGGUACGAACUGUUCCAGGUGUCAGAGGAGAGAGACGAGGAGGUGGCCGCCUUCUGCCACAUGCUGGACCUGCUGCGGUCGGCGUACCCUCACAGCGAGCGGCGGUCUAACGGGGGCUUCGUGUGGUCUCUGGCAGUGGGCAUGGAGGAGCUGCAUCAGGCUCUGGGUGUCAGCGUGAAGGUGACGGUCGUCAGCGAACACUUCAGAGAGCCGCUCACCUUCACCUGCGAUGGCUCGUCCACGGUGGACCUGCUGAUCUACCAGACUCUGUGCUACGCUCAGGAUGAUCUGGAUCACCUGGACGUGGACGAGUUCCUGCUGAAGGUCUGUGGACAUGACGAGUACCUCAACAACUCUCAGACUCUGGCUGGUCUGGAGUUUGUCCAACAGUGUCUGAAGUUUGACUGGGACGUCAGACUGUUUCUGACCAAGAGAUCAAACAUCAACACGGAGCUGAGACGCACGAAAGAAGACGAUGAGACUCCGUCCACCAUGAACCACAGCAUCCUGCUGCAGGAGCGUCCAAUCAAACAGACCGUCACCAGAGAGGCUCUGACUCUGCUGCUCGACACGUUUCAUAACGAAGCAGAGUCCUUCCUGCUGUCAGAGGUGGAGCUGUCGCUGCAUGUCGAGCGUCUCGUCCAAUCAGUGAAGGCGCUCUGCAGCUCGUUAGCUGCCGUGGAGACACCUGAUGUCACCGCCGCCCUCAGCCAGCUCCCAGCAUGCCCCUGUCGUCUGCAACCCAAAGUCCUGAAGGAUGCUUCAGUGCUGGCUGUCAGAGAGAACAGAGAGAAAGUGGUGGAGAAGUUGACGGCGGCGAUCUUGGACCUGGUGGAGCUGUACUGCAGUACUUUUAACGCUAACUUCCACCCGACGGCGCCGAGCCGCGACUGCAUGGCACCGCUGCAGGAGGCGGGCCUCGUCACCACCGUGCUGUCCUUCAACGUGCAUGCCGCCCACCGCAUCCCCAUCACCUGGGCGGCCAGUUACGAGGGGUUCUUCUUGUCCUGCUCACUGACUCACGGAGGGGCGGAGCUCUGCGCGCCACAGCACACCAGCAAGCAGUCUGUCAGCAAAUACCUGUUCCACCUGGUGGUCUGGGACCAGAGGGUGUGUUUCCCGGUGCAGGUGAACCAGCUGCCCAGGGAGUCCCAGCUGACGGUGACCCUGUAUGCGAGCUCUCUGCCGCCCCCCGGAGGAGCUGAGGAGAAGGGAAAGCAGCGGCGCAUCGAGGCGCUCGGUUGGGUCACCAUGCCGCUCUUCAACUUCAGACACGUGCUGACCUGUGGCAGGAAGUUACUGGGUCUGUGGCCUUCGGCUCCGGGGAGGACAGGUAACGCCCGGACCAGCUCGCCAAACUUCAGCCAGCCGGAUAGCGUGAUCCUGCAGGUGGACUUCCCCACCUCGUCCUUCGAGGUCCGGUUCAGUACUCCUCCUCCAGCAGACUUCUGUCCUCAGUAUGACUUCUCCAGACUGGACACCAUCAGCCAGAUUCAGCUGCAGGACGUCCUCCACAAGAAGGCUGUCUUCUGGCUGACGGUGGAGGACAGGCGUCUCUUGUGGGAGAAGAAGGCGUUCUGUCAGUCUGAGAGUGCGGCACUGCCCCUGGUCCUGGCCAGCGCCCCCUGCUGGGAGUGGGCCUGCCUGCCGGACAUCUACGCCCUGCUGAGACAGUGGGCCUGCCCGGGACACCUGGACGCCCUGGGUCUGCUGCACGCCUCGUUCCCGGACCAGGAGCUGCGGAGGACGGCGGUCCAGUGGAUGGACUCCAUCUCAGACCCAGAGCUGCUGGACUACCUGCCGCAGCUGGUCCAGGCUCUGAAGUAUGAGUGUUACCUGGACAGUUCUCUGGUUCGGUUCCUCCUCCGUAGAGCCAUCGGAGACGUUCGCAUCGCCCACUACCUCUUCUGGCUGCUGAAGGACAACCUGCAGGACAGUCAGUUCAGUGCUCGCUACCAGCACCUGCUGGCCGCUCUGCUGUGCUGCGUGGGUCGCGGUCUGCGUGAGGAGUUCGACCGGCAGUGCUGGCUCGUCUCCAUCCUUGCCAAGGUGUCUCACAAGGUGCGGGACGCCUCGCCGUCCAGCAGACAGUGUGUUCUCAGAGACGGGCUGGAGGAGAUGAAGCAGUUCUUCUCAGUGAACAGCAGCUGCAGACUUCCUCUGAACCCAGCACUGUUAGUGACAGGAAUCAACAUCCAGUCGUGUUCCUUCUUCAACUCCAACGCUGUCCCUCUCAAGCUGUCCUUCCAGAACCUGGACCCUCUGGGGGACAACGUCAACGUCAUCUUCAAGUCAGGAGACGACCUGCGGCAGGACAUGCUGACUCUGCAGGUGAUCCGCAUAAUGAACAAGAUCUGGAUCCAGGAGGGUCUGGACAUGAGGAUGGUCAUCUUCAAAUGUUUCUCCACCGGCAGAGGACGAGGGAUGGUGGAGAUGAUCCCUCAGGCCGACACGCUGAGGAAGAUCCAGGUGGAACACGGAGUCACUGGAUCCUUCAAGGAUCGACCUCUGGCUGACUGGCUGCAGAAACACAACCAGAGUGAUGAGCAGUACGACAAGGCGGUGGAGAACUUCAUCUUCUCCUGUGCUGGCUGCUGUGUAGCUACGUAUGUUUUGGGGAUCUGUGAUCGUCACAACGACAACAUCAUGCUGAAGACCAGCGGACACAUGUUCCACAUUGACUUCGGCAAGUUCCUGGGACACGCCCAGAUGUUCGGCAACAUCAAGAGGGACCGCGCCCCCUUCGUGUUCACCUCUGACAUGGCAUACGUCAUCAACGGAGGAGACAAACCGUCGAGUCGAUUCCACGACUUUGUGGAUCUGUGCUGCGAGGCCUACAACCUGAUCAGAAAACACACACACCUGUUCCUCAACCUGCUGGGCCUGAUGUUGUCCUGUGGGAUCCCUGAACUCUCUGAUCUGGAGGAUCUGAAAUAUGUCUAUGACGCGCUGAGACCGCAUGAGUCUGAAGCAGAUGCCACCAUGUACUUCACCAGGCUGAUAGAGUCCAGUCUGGGCAGCGUGGCCACCAAGCUGAACUUCUUCAUCCAUAACUUGGCUCAGAUGAAGUUUGCCUCGUCGGAGGACCGGCCCACGCUGUCCUUCGCUCCUCGAGUCCACACAGCCAAGACCGACGGACUCAUCAGGAGCCUGUACAUCUGCAGACACAUCAGGACCAGCAAGGGCUACGCGUUCGUGGUGAAGGUGGAGCGUGACGGGCAGCAGGAGGCGCUGUUGGUUCAGAGGACGUUUGAAGAGUUUCAUGAACUUCACAACAAACUGAGACUCAUCUUCCCCUCUAACAAACUGCCGAGUUUCCCGAGCCGUGUUGUGAUUGGUCGGUCUCGUGGCGAGGCGAUGGCGGAUCGGAGGAAGGACGAGCUGAACGGAUACGUGUGGCACCUGAUCCACGCUGCCACGGAGGUCGCUCAGUGUGACCUGGUCUACACUUUCUUCCACCCGCUGCCUCGAGACGAGAGACCUGGAACCUCAAGCAGCAAACCUGCAGAGCUGUCCUGGUCUCCAGUUGCAGGAAAAGAACUUGGUGAAGUGAAACUGUCGAUCAGCUACAAGAACGACAAACUGUUCAUCAUGGUGAUGCACAUCAGAGGCCUGCAGCCCCUGCAGGACGGGACGGACCCCGACCCAUACGUCAAGCUCUACCUGCUGCCCGACCCGCAGAAGACCAGCAAGAGGAAGACCAAGGCCGCCCGCCGCACCUGCAACCCCACCUACAACGAAAUGCUGGUGUACGAGCGGAUCCCUCGGGGGGACCUGGACCAGAGGGUGAUCCACCUCAGGGUUCUAGGUGACGGGGCGUUCUGGGAGAACACUCUGCUGGGAGAAACCUUUAUCCCCCUGAAGAGGCUCGUCCCCGGCCAGCACUGGGUGGACUGGCACCGGCUGGGCGGCUCAGACCCUGCCCACUAGCCAAUCAGACCCCGCCCACUAACUGAUCGGACCCCGCCCUGUAGCUGCCCUCCCUCUGUGUGAGAGGAACUUUAGAGUUUAUUAUUAAAAAUCAUCUUCAGGACUGAUGUGGAUCAGGUCUUGACUGAUGUGAAUCAGGUCUUGACUGAUGUGGAUCAGGUCUGAUGUGGAUCAGGUCUGAUGGGGAUCAGGUCUGAUGUGGAUCACUAUAAUCAGUUAGUUUAAUAAUUGCUGAGUCAGAUUAAAACAGAUUAAUUUUAUGUUUUUUGGGCAGAAAAUGUGAAGUGAGUUUUUCUGUUUGAUCUGAUUCCAGCUGGAAUCACCUGGAACUGAUGACGAUUAUUCACUGUUUGAAGACAUUUUCACACCAAACGGUUUAUAAACGUCUGGUUGUUCAGAAGAGAUUAAAACUAUAAUUAAUGUUUCAAUAAUAAUAGUUCCAUGUUGAGUCAUGCACAUGGUGCAUGCUGGGAAACAGAGUUUAUCUACAGCACAAACUUUUAUUUUAGUUUCUAAUUUUGAUUUCACUGAAUCACGUUGUUGCAGCCGGUCGAGUUGUUUUCCAGAACUUUUCCAAGACUUUCAAGAACUUUCCAAAACUUUUUAAAGCUGCGUUUCAUUCCAGGGACGAGAGUUUCUGCAGCUUCAGUAGAGAGAGAGACAGAGAGAGAGAGAGAGACACACAGAGAGAGACAGAGAGAGAGAGACAGAGACAGAGACAGAGACAGAGAGAGGAGGAAAGAGAGAGAGGAGGAUAAUGAGGAGAGGAGCUGAUCACUAAAUGUGAAAGUGACAGAAAACAUUUUCUGAAGUUUGAGGUUUUGGGUUGUUAUUUUGCUCAUUUGUUGUGUAAACAUCCUGUUUACAACCUGAAGUAAACACACUGAUUGUUUAUAUUCCACAUUAAACUUUAUUUACAGGAAUAAUUCUUUAUUAGUUUGAACAUUAAACGUGUUUUUAACGGAGAAAUGAUCCAGAGAACGACGACGUCGCCCCGCUGGAGCGAUGCUGUCAAUAUUGAUUAUUGAUGAUUGAUUAUUGAUUAUUAUUGAUUGAUGAUUGAUGACUGAUUCUUGAUGACUGAUUCUCUGCUGUGGCUGUGAUGAAUGUGAGUUCUGUUGAACUGAUCUUUGUACUGUACAGACUGAACUGAUAAAUGUGAGUAGAAUCACUGCAGUAGUGUAGAAGCUCUUAUUAAUGUCAUUGCUUUCUUUUGGAACAUGUUUUGUAUUAUUUGCACUACAAAAUAAACUUGAAUUGAAAAAAAAGAGUUGUUUGUUGAAA